AUGCAUUCCACAAGGCGAGCGCAGUCAACACUGUGCAACAGCUUCUUCGCACUGCCAGCAUCGGCGCGCGCUGCAGUCUGGCGUUCACAGUUCGUUCAUAGCAAUACUCUGUACCAAAACAUACCACACCGACAUGCUACCACCUCCGCGCCAGCCGAGCCUUUCCUUGCAGCACCUCGUGAAGGCUCCGGCCCUCUCCUGUCCCGGUCAGCCAAUCGAGACCUGCCCGACAUCAACACAACGCGCAACAAAUGGCUAUACACCCUCCCACUCUUCCUCCUGGGCGUCACCGGCACGGCCUUCGCAUUCUUCAACUACCAGAAAGCUUCCUCGUCGACUGUGUCUUCCAUACUCUACGCCCUACGAACUAGUCCGACCGCACGAGACCUGCUCGGCGACGAGAUCUACUUUGCCAGCCAGGUACCGUGGAUUAGCGGGCAGAUGAAUCAACUACAUGGCAAUAUCGAGAUCGAGUUCUGGGUCAAAGGAUCAAGAGCACAAGGGCAGACUAGAUUUGUGGCAAGGCGGAGAAAUAAGCAGGGUGCGUUCCAGACGGAAGAAUGGAGUCUGAAGAUGGGCGAUGGGACGGUGGUUCAUCUGCUCAGUGAGGCGGGCGAGGGCGGCAAGCCUGAGGUUCAUCAGGUCGUCGAAUAG